AUGCUGCUGCAUGGGAAAAAAAGAUGGUUUCCACGCAGGUUUCACUUCAACGUUCCUCGCUUGCCAAGACCCCUGCCAACCGCUAGUGCCAGGAGAGCCACUGGCAACAUUGCGAAUUCACAGUUGGCAUCCUCCCAGCCGCGCCGACGGUACAUUGCCUAUGGCUUGGGCGGCGCUCUAGCCCUUGGCUGUCUCGAUGAAGGCUUCCGUCGCUGCUUGGAGUUCUGGGUGGUCGUUUUCCCAUUAUGGUGCCAUUAUUUUUGGGUUGACAAGGUGUCACACCGCAAAGAUGGGCCCAAGGGUAACGAGCAGCGAGAUGCUGAAUUCUGCAAGCUGCAUGCACGUUACUCUCCCAUCAUCCGCCGAGCCACCUUGUACAUGCGGGGUUUCUACCUCAAAGCAGCGCAACUUGUGUCAACGCGAGAUGAUUUUCUGCCAGAGAUCUAUUUGGAAUGGACCAGAAAGUUGCAGGACGAGGUGCCCAUGACGUUGUCUUCGGAGCAAGCGAAGCAGGUCAUAGCAAAGGAGCUGCGGUUGAACAGUGUCGAGGAUGUGCUUGUUGAUUGGCAAGACGAGCCCAUUGGCACUGCUUCGAUCGGUCAAGUCUAUAAGGCCCGGCUGAAGUCCACUGGCGAGGAGGUCGCGAUCAAGGUCCAAGUGCCAAAGGCUGAACGGAUGUUUCGUGCAGACAUUUCGUGCUUGAAGAUGUUCACUUACAUGGCAAUACCUUGGGCUUACGAGAACAUGAGAGAGAUAGAAAAGCUUUUCGAAACAGAGUUUGACUACAUGGAGGAGUUCCGAAAUUUGGAAGCCAUGCGGACAAAUUUGCUGCCUUCUUGGGGCCACAAAAUAUACAUCCCAAGGCCUAUUCCUGAGCUUUGUUCGCGACACGUCCUGGGCAUGGAGCUCUUGAAGGGCGAAAAGUUCGUCACUGCCGUUCGAAAGCGGUUGAAGCCCUUGGCCGAGCAAAGAGGAAUGACGGUGGAGGAAUACGAAGAGGAGCAAAUGGAAGCAUUGCGCACUGGGAAGCGCAAGGCAGAGAGCGCAGCCUGGCUACAUUGGAAGAUGACAUUGUGGCACUGGUGGCGAAGGUUGUGCGGAAACCGAUCAGACCUGGAGCCUAUCGAUGUUGGAGGCAUUUUCGAGAUGCUGAUGUCAAUCCAUGGUCAACAAGUUCUGAAGGAUGGAUGUUUCAAUGCUGACCCGCAUCCAGGGAACAUCCUAAUGCUGGAAGAUGGCAAAACGCUUGGCCUCAUCGAUUUUGGACAAGUGAUGUAUGUGCCAGUGGAGUUCCGCAUCAAACUUGCCAAACUCAUGCUUGCCCUUUCGCGACGCAGCCCGCCUGACGUGGCACGAUGCGAAAGUGAAAUUGGCGUGAAGCGAAAGUAUUACAAGGAAGAUGUGCAGUACCGGAUUUGCUCCUUCUGGCUUGACCGGGACGAUGAGGAGAUCACACAGGGUCGCAAUAUCUUUGACUUGAUGGUGUGGGGAGAGGCAGAGGACCCGGUACUGGCGCUUCCUGAGGGUUACUAUCUUGCGUGCAGAUGUUCAGUUACACUUCGCAGCACAGCUUUGGCCUUCGGUGUGAGGGUUUCCACUGCUGAGUAUUGGAGACCAUAUGCGGAGGACCUGCUGCGGAAGCAUGGGCACAUAGUCUGA